AUGAGCCGUAUUUUCUCGAAAAAUAUGACUUUUUUUCAUUCUGAGACUCGUUUCGGAACUCCCUAUCACAUAAUUAAUGAGAACAAAACGUUCAUUUUUGACGGAACAAGAUAUUAUUUGGAUCCAAAACUCAAAGAAACAUUCCAAGAUAUUUGUGAAUACAGUAUUCAUCCACUCCUUGAUGCCACUGAACUUCAAACGACGUACCUUCCAAAUAUGACACAUGUCGAUUCUAUUUAUUAUGAAUGCUCGUGUUUUGAACUAUGUUACGGGCUGAGGUGCAGAAUUAACCCGUUUUAUUUGAUAAUAGUUUGCCUCACCGUUGGUAUCUUCUUUGUUUGGACUACUUCAAUAGUCUAUAUUAAAAUCAGAAAAAAUCAGAAAAUAAAACAAAGACCAUCAUCUUCAUCAAACUCCGAAUCAAUCGCACUCCCUCCAUCCUAUAAAGUAGCUUGCUCACAUUUGUCAGAAAUACCACCAUCAUAUGCAUCUAUUAUGGCAGGGAACGUUAUCCUUGCAGAACCUUUAAACUCUUCUAUUAUUUAA